AUGUCGACAAGGUCCACACUAACCAAGAAUACCAUAAUGGUACUGAGCUUUAAAAUCUUUCUGAUCUAAUGUUAAACGAUUUUUUUAAAGGAGAACGAGAUACCUCCAAUAGGAGUGGAAAAGAAAAAUCCGAGACGAUACAGCUUGGUUCAUCAAGCUAGUUGCGAAACCCAACAUCACAUCGGUGUACGGAGACAAAAUACAAUUCAGCAUAGGAAACAAUUGACGGAUCAAAUGAGAGGACAGAAGGUAACUCUGACGUCGAUGAUACGCGGAUGUGCUAAAAGCAUGUAUUCAAAAAACGCUGUAUUCUCUAUAUACUCUCAAUUUACCGCUCUUGUCCCCUUGGUGUUUGCAGACUCAAGCGUAAUUUGAGACCCCGAGGGGCAAUAACGAUGAAUUGAGUUUAAAGCCUAACAAAAGGUAUAAUGGGGUUAUUCAGGCUGUGAAAAAAAUGAUUGUUUUCCGUUUUUUUCGUUUUUUUACGUCAAAAAAUCCAAUUCAGCGAUGUAAAAAAACGAAAAAAACGGAAAACAAACAUACGUUGAAUAGCCCUAUAAAAGGUAGCUUUUGUAGAUUUUUCAACAACUGAAUGAUGAAGGAAUCGAGGUGAUUUUCGCAGCCAAUGACGGAUGCAUUGAGUUCUCAGUGAUCAUGUCUUCCACUGACAGUCUUCCCGACUUCAUUACCGAUAUUCUGCAUAGCCUGAGAACAGCUGACGUGGAAAUGCUACACGUGGAAACACGUGGAAGUAAAAUUUCCGGAAAUGAUGUUCUAGCGGACUGUCGCGCCACGAAACGUCAACUGAUCGAGGCUGCUUCUUCUCUCACAAAACGUCAUAGUAAUUUGACUGCUUUUUCUGUUUAUAAGAAGAAGUGUGAUCCUUCUGCCGAUACAUGGUUCCCACGCCAUAUAAGUGAUCUGGACAAUUGCUCGAAGUGCAUCACAAAGUACGAACCGACGACAGAUCCACGCCAUCCUGGUCAUGGGGAUGAAAAGUACAUUGCAAGAAGAAAAUUCCUGAAUGAUCAGGCACAUGAGUUCAAAUUGUAUAUUAGCGUCACAGAAUUCUGGCAAUGACGCUCUACCGAAAUUCCGCGUUAUAAUCGGCCUCGGGCUUUUCCAAUUUACUCUCAAUUUAUCUAUCUUGUCUCCUCAGUUUACUCAUGUCUAUUCUGAGAAGUUUUAGUGUGAGUCUGAAUUCCCCAAGAGGACUGAAGCGAUGAAUUGAAUGUAGCACUGAACAUACGUUAGAGCGGUAGAUCACGCGCUUGCCAGACUUCUACUGUAGGAACUCAACCAAUUCUUUUUAUUUUCAGUGGUGAUGAAAUAGGUUACGUAGAAUACACAAAAGAAGAACACGACACGUGGCAAGCUGUUUAUCAGAAACUAGGAGAUCUACACGAGUCACACACAUGUGCAGUCUAUCGCCAAAACCUUAAAGUUCUACAGGAGGAGGGCGUAUUGACCGCUGACCGAAUUCCACAGAUUCGUGAUGUUAACAAGUUCUUGCAAAGUGAGAACUUGCAACUUCCGUAAAAAUGAUAUCUUUCACAGGAAAAACAGGAUUCGAACUCCGGCCGUGUAGUGGCUUACUUUCGGCUAGAGACUUCUUGGCCUCGCUGGCAUUUCGCGUUUUUCAGACAACAACUUAUUUACGUCACCACAAAAGUCCCCAUCAUUCUCCGGAGCCUGAUCUUAUCCACGAGCUCCUCGGCCAUGUUCCAAUGUUUUCGGAUCCUCUUCUAGCUCAAAUGAGCCAAGAUAUUGGGUUGAUGAGCUUGGGAGCAAGUGAUGAACACAUUGAAAAACUAUCCACUGUCUAUUGGUGAGCUCCUCCAUGUAGCAAUGGAUAGUUCUGAGCGUCUUAAGGUUUAUUGUGGAGUUCGGCUUAUGUAAAGAAGACGGAAAACUUAAAGCAAUAGGCGCGGGUCUUCUUUCUGCAUAUGGAGAACUGAUGGUAAACAUACAGUUAUGAUUUCCUCAAAACUAAUAAACGCAGCAUGCGUGCUCUGACACUCCUGAACACAAAGACUUUGAUCCUGUUGUAACAGCUGCGCAAAAGUAUGAGGAUGAUGAUUACCAACCAUUGUACUUUGUGGCUGACAGUAUCCAUGAUGCAUUGGCAAAACUUCGAAAGUACGCUUCCUCUAUGGACCGCCCAUUCUCAGUCGUAUACGAUCCGUUCACCAAGUCUAUUGAGGUAAGUUUUUUUUCUUGAACAACUCUGAAAUUAUUUUAAUCUGUUCCAGACCAUCGAAUCGAGUGCUGAUCUCGACAAAGCAUUCUGUCGACUAUCGAACGAUCUAAGCGCCAUCACUCAUGCUGCUGAUCGAAUGAAAAUAUCUACUUCUGCUUGA